UCCAUAGGACUGGGAUGCGAUGCUUUAGUUUCAAUUUGCACACCGACAACGUCGCAUCAAAAUGCUGCUAUCAACUGUUGUUCUGCUCAUCUCCAUUUUGUGCCCAGUGCAUGUGGAAGCUAAUAUGGACAGCAACUUGACACCCAAUAUGCAGUGGGCGUCUGUGGAACGUAAGCUACAAUCGAUCAAGCGAGCACAGGAAGACCAACGACGCAAACUACUCCACAUUGAUCUAAAGAUUAAUCAAAUGCUCGGCAAGAUGAUUCACCACAUUUAUGUGGAGCAACCUGCCAACGUGGAGAGUUACCACAAUGCUCUCGGGGCUUGGCAAAAUAAUUCGUUUAAAUUGCUAGAGAAUAUCAACAAACUGCAGAAGAGUUUAGAUCAAAGGGGGGAGCAUGACCAGAAACUCUCCGAAAUACGUGAAUUGCUGACGCAGCAAGCGACGUGCACUGCAGAACUACAACAACAACAGAAAGCAGCUACAGAGGAAACGUCCAAAAGCGAAUCAAUUUAUUUCCAGCCUGCCAAGUCCGAUUGCUAUGAAUUGGAUGAGCAGCAACGCAUCGAUGGUGUCUACAAGUUUCUAGAGCCGGAACUAAAUGAAGUGCAACGUGACUUCAAUGAACGUUACUGCGCCUUUGCCGCAGACGGUGGUCCAGCUUGGACGGUGAUCCAAAGACGCAGCAAGAACAUCAACAAUUGGGUGCACUUCAAUCGCAGUUGGGACGAGUAUCGCGCUGGUUUUGGCCACCUGGACAAGGAUUUUUGGUUUGGCAAUGCGUUCAUACAUCGCAUUGUCUAUCGCGAUGACUAUGUGCUGCGCAUUGAACUGGAAGAUCACAAUGGAGUUGAGACCUGGGCCGAAUAUGGGUUAUUUCGCUUGGACAGCGAAAGUUAUAACUAUCAGUUGGAGAUUGACGAACUGCAUGUGAAUAGCACGACCAGUGAUGCACUCUCGGCUCACAAUCAUUUGGACUUUCAAGCCAAUGAAGGCAACACCAUUUGUAAUGGUUGGUGGUUUGAUGAUCAGUGUUUAGCGAAGGAGGAGAAUAAAGCCAAUUUAAAUGGCCAUCACAUCACUUGGGGCAACUGGCACAACGAAUUCACACUGGAUGCAUCUCGGAUGAUGAUACGACCGCGUAACAUUAUUGAAAAACUUAACACCGAUGAUGAGUUCUACACGGAGGACUAAAUCUGAAGUUUAAAACUGUCUAAACGAUAAACGAAUAAGAGUAUUCGCAGUAUUCCACGUAUGGGGAGAUUGAGAUAUUUUGGUACCGAAAUGAACGUUACCGCCGUGGAUUUGAUACCAAAGUAUCGCUGCUGAACUCAGCCAGUGUGUAAAGUAUCGGUAUAUGUAGUAGGUUUUUUGAUAUAUAAUAAAUAAUUUUCAUUUUAUUGCAGGUGAUAACAUAAUUUCUUAUCUUACACAGUUUUAUAACUUAAUUUAAAUU